AUGGCAUGCAACUUCAUGAUGGGUCAACAAUUUGCCGAUCAACUUGGAUUGAAGCGAACACUCGGCAAAACUCCAUGGAAGUUUGACCGCCAAAUCGCUGGAUUCAAGACGUUAUUCAAAGGACUCACCUUCAUCACAGUACGAGGUGCGGGUCAUAUGGCACCGCAAUGGAGAGCUCCUCAGAUGUACUACGCUAUUCAACAAUUCUUGCUCAAUCAUCCUAUUUAA